AUGGCUUGCAUAUGCUGCCGUCCAAGUUACGGCGAGUAUGAAGUUUGCGUAACGAUCAUUGAGGGUAAAUAUUUGCCUCAAAAUGGUAAUCCACUGGUUGUCGUAAGGGUUGGUAACCACAAGAAGAAAACUCGCGUGUGCAACAGGACCGAUACUCCUUACUACAACGAGUACUUCGUCUUCGAUUUUACCUGCGACCUCGACACUCUGCUUCAAAAAAGGAUCGCGAUAUUAGUUUACAUGCGAAACUGUUUGAGACAGUCGAAGUUUUACGCGAGUAUAAUAUUCGAAAUCGCGACGGUGUGGGACCAGCCAGACCGCCAAUAUUAUCACAAAUGGGCUAUGCUAGUGGAUCCGAAAGACAUGGCGGCAGGACCGAAGGGAUACAUAAAAUGCAACAUUACAGUGAACGUGAAAGGACAGAUGCAGAAAUCGCACCCCGAGACCGACGGCGAGGAAGAUAUCGAAGGAAACUUACUCCUUCCGAUCGAGGGAGUGGGAAACAGACGCAGAGCUAGAUUUAUAUUUACGAUAUACCGCGCCGACGGUCUCCCCGGAAUGAAUCGUUUCCUCAGCUGUAGCAAUCACCCCGAGAACAUAAAUCCAUUCAUUCAGAUAUCAUUUUCAACGAGCAAGGGCCGCACGAGCACCCAGCGUAACAAUUUCGCUCCACAAUUCAACGAGCGAAUAAUAUUUAAGGAAAUGUUCCCGCCGUUGUGUCACAGAGUGCGAAUAACGAUAAAAGAUAACGGCAGCAGUGGCUGUCGUAGGAGCGUUGUCGCAUUGAAUAUUUUAAAUUUGAGGAACAUAUCGAGCUUUGGAAAUUACGUAUUUCUCCCCACAUUCGGGCCAUCGUUCGUCCACUUUUACGGUAGUGGAAACGCGAGGGAAUGCAGCUGUAUCGGAAAGUGUACCGCAACACUACCGGCGCACAGAGGGAGAGUUUUGCUUUCCCUGAGGACGGAAAUCGCCGAUAUCGAAGCCCCCUCAACGCCGCUGGUCGAGGUCGAACCUUGCGCUCCGAUAAUUGAGAGAACCCUGUGGAAGACCGAGGAGUACCUACUGGUCGGUAUUAUUUUCGACGUGUCGAUGAUAAACCGUAAGAAAUUUUCCGGCAAGAAGAUAAGCUUCGAGAUAAGUCUCGGAAACGCUGGUAACAAUAUGUUAUCGUAUAGUCAGUGCGUAGAAAGCAGCGGUGACGGACUUUUAGAAAGAGUAACGGCAGAAAAAAGCCCAGAUUUUGUAAGUACGACGUGUCCACAGGCGACUAGGUCCAUGGAUAAGAGAUACGAUUUCUUACCCUACGAAGACGAAAAGCCUUGCAUGUACGUAAAGUCAUGGUGGCCGAAUGUCGAAUGGAGAAGUUUGAACAGAAACUGUCUGGCAUGGAUCGUGCGAUUUCUGAGGGUGGAAUUGGAGAAAAUGGAGCAAUUAGCGAUCGUAGAGAACGCGAAAAUCUAUCAGUGGUACAACCGUAUGGUGGAUGAACUGAACGAUCGAUGCUCACUGUACUUGAAAAUUCUGGAUGACGUCGACCUCGAAGAAAUGGGCGGCACUACGAAGCUGGACAGGCACAGAUACAACCUUUGCCAAGAGAGGGUCGAGUCCGUGAUGGAAACUAUCAGAAUCAACGGUCGUUUACCGGACAACAACUACGUCAGGAUAGCGAUGAUCCACGCGCGCAAAUAUCUCCACCUCCUCGAGGAGAUCACGGAAGACCCACAGGACGCUCUUCCCGACGUUUACAUCUGGAUGAUAGCCGGCUCUAAAAGGGUUGCUUACGCGAGGUUUCCAUCGUUCCUUUUAAUGUACGAAGAGGAUAGGCCAACGCGAGGUAAAUGGUGCGGCGAACGUGUAAGUCUCUUCUUCAAGGACCCGUCAGACGAGAGCCGUACAAUGGAUGAAAGCGCGUGCAGUGCAGAGAUAUUUCUCUGGCUCGGUAAUAUGAAGCACGUGAAUUCAUGCUGGAGCAUGAUUCCACCGGGCUACGAGGUGGACCACGAAGCAAAUCCGGACGAAUUUCCACCGGCUCUAAAGUUCACCAAAUGCUCGAAAUUUCAACUUCGAGCUCAUAUAUUCCAAGGACGUUUCGACCCCGGAAUGGAUUCUUCGGGACUGUCGGAUCCUCUGAUCAGAGUGGUCUUUCACGGACACACUUUGGCGACUAGAGCGAUUCGGCAAACUCUCGCUCCUCUCUGGGACCAGACUCUGAUAUUCAGACCCAUUACCAUCUACGGUCUCAGAGAACACAUAAAAACGUAUCCUCCGAAUGUCGUGAUCGAAGCAUUCGACGAAGAUUUUUGCGGAGGUUUGGAGUUCAGCGGGAGAAGCAUAGCUAUCCCAGUUGUUAAGCUGAACACGGAGACUUACUCACCACCUGAAUUCCCACCCCUUCUCAAAUGGUAUAAAUUCCAAAAUCAAAAAGGAGAGAGCGGAGCCGCCCUGGCAGCGUUCGAAUUGAUCGAGACAGGCGAAGAUGAUAUUACAGAUGUCCCGAUAAACGAGUCAACCAACGGUAGAAUCUACAAUUUACCUGACGACAUUAGACCGACGAUGACGAGCCACCGAUUCGAGGUAAUAUUUUGGGGAGUUCGAGGACUUCGUAAAGUCCAUUACAUGUCGGUUACGAAACCCAUUAUAAUCCUGGAGUGCAACGGUAAUGUGGUAAAGUCAGAGGUGAUGGAAAACUGCAGGAAGUUCAGUAACUUCGAAGAGCCACACGCCAUAAUAGAUUUGGAUCUCCCGGAUUUAGACGUCUACUAUCCAUCCCUCACCAUAAAAGCGUACGAUUCACGGGGUUUUGGCUGCCUGACCUAUUUGGGAGUCGCUAUAGUACCAACGAUAUACGGUUUCGUCCGUCAACUCUUACCCGAAGAUGAUUACUUCGAUCAGAUCCUCGGAAAAGAUUCGUUCAACGGGAAAUACGGCGCUGACAAAGUUUCGAAAAAAACCAUAUUACCUCUUCCGAAAAAUUACGACCUCGGUGUACCGGAAACCGAGAAAUUAAUGAGCUUUCGGCAGAUGGGUGGUAAAACUACAACUUCGAGAUUAUCAACGUUCGUAGGAAAAGUGAGAAAUGUUUUCCGAUUCAGAAAAAAGGGUGAAUCGAAGGAUGAAUUCCUUUACAGUACGGACGACGACGACUCUUACGAUUGGUGGAGCAAGUAUUACGCUUCUAUUCAGGAGGAACGAAACGCGGAAAUUGGACAAUCGACCAAGUACAUGUUCGAGAAACAACCGAUCGCCACGUUCAAAAUAUACACUACGGAACUCGAAAUGGUCCCGGAAUUCGAGGGGUUCGAAGACAGGUUCACAACAUUUCAAUUAUCCAAGGGAAAGGCGACCGGAAAUCCCAUAGAGGACGAAAAAAACAAUGUCGGAGUUUUCAAGGUUCUGUUACGACAUAUCCUGACCCAUGAUCGAGGACACGUGGCUAUUUAUCACUGGCCCGACCCCUUGGGAAGAACUUUCAGAACCCGAAUAGGGAACAAUGUGGCCAGAGGACUUUGCGACGAUUACCCAUCCUCAGAACCGCUGAAAAUAACCGUUCGAGUUUACUUGAUCAGAGCGAUAAAUCUUCAUCCCAAAGAUCCGUUGACGGGAAAAUCGGAUCCCUAUCUACGUGUGAAACUCGGUACCAAAACGAUAUUCAACGACAGAAAGCAGUACAUUCCAAACGAGUUAAAUCCCAUAUUCGGGAAACUGGUUGAAUUCGACGCGAUGUUUCCGAAGGAUUACCUGUUAACAAUCCAAGUAUGGGAUUACGACGCGACUUCUGCAGACGAUCUGAUCGGAGAAACACGGAUCGAUAUCGAAAACCGAUACUACAGCAGGCACAGAGCUCACUGCGGAAUAUCUCGAGUUUACACCGUCGACGGAUACAAUUCGUGGCGAGAUCGGGAGUCUCCCGUCGACAUUUUGAACUACCUCUGUUCGAAAAAUAAUCUCCCCUAUCCCGAGUACCUGGAUACCGAGGUGAAAAUCGGUGGAAAGUCUUUUGCCUUCAACGCGGGUAUCGAUCCGAACAAAAAUCCAGAUUACAAGGAGUGCAUGGCUCUGAAUAUCCUCCACAAAUGGCACGAAUUCCCGGUAUGCGGUUGUUCUUUGGUUCCCGAACACGUCGAGCAACGUCCUUUGUUCAACAGCGAACGCCCCGGUCUUGAACAGGGCAAACUAGAAAUCUGGAUAGACAUAUUCGGUACGAACGAUCUCCCUCCGAAAGCAGCGAUCGAUAUCAGACCAAAACCACCUGAGGAUUACGAACUCCGCGUCAUCAUAUGGAACACAGAAGACGUACCGCUCGUUGACAACCAAUUUCUAACCGGCGAAAAGUGCUCGGACCUUUACAUGGCUGAACUACGACGACCAUCAGAAGACUGA